CCUUGAUUUGAAGAAACACAGAUGAUUGUAGUUAGGAACCUUAGAACAGGUGCAGGUCAAUGCUCCAGAGCGUUUAAAAUCUCCCGAAACAUUAUUAUGGCUAAAAGCUCUUUUCACACAACUAGCUGUAACAAAGCAGAGUUUCGCGAUCUACUCCAAAAGGCAAAGAACGUUGUUGUUCUAACUGGAGCAGGUGCUAGUGCUGAGAGUGGGAUUCCAACAUUUCGAGGCUCCGGUGGUCUUUGGAGAACUUUCAGAGCUCAAGAUCUUGCGACUCUCGAAGCAUUUCGUAGAAAUCCGUCAUUAGUAUGGGAGUUUUAUAGUUACAGGCGAGAAGUUGUCCUCACGAAACAACCAAACAAGGCGCAUUAUGCUAUUGCAGAGUUGCAGAAAAAGUUUGGAGAACAAGAUAGAAAUGUCGCCGUGAUAACACAGAAUAUUGAUGGAUUACAUCAGGCUGCUGGGACAAAAGAAGUAAUAGAACUUCAUGGUAGGGGUCUUCUCUCUUUUUUCUGGUAAAGUCACAGAAAAUACCUCUAUGUAAUAAAUUUACCUCUCAAAGAAUCACUAUUAAGUGCCUUGAUUAUUGCUUGAUAAUUUUCUCGUUGCUCUUUUUUCUUCAUUGGAAAGUAAUUAAGUAGAAGAUUAAUAAGAUUGAUACAAAAAGGAACCAAGACUGAGAAAAUCAGAUAAAUUAUAGUGAAUUUAAUUAGGAUUUUCCCCCUUAUUUAGAUGUAGUUUGAUGGGUUGGAUUGUUCAAUGUGAAAUAUAUAAUGACCAAACCUGAUAUCAAGUGCGAUAGAAAUGCAAAGGUUUUUUUUAUGGAAGUAAAUAAACAAGUGUGUAACUGACUUUUGGAAGAAUUUUUUGGGGUAAGGAAUGGGAGGGUCAGGGGAUUUAUUAAUACCGCCCACCAGAAACUGCAACAAGCAUUGCCAUUUCUUAUUUCCAGGGGCACUGUUUAAGACAAGAUGUACUGUAUGUGGACAUGUAACAGAAAAUAGGAACAGUCCAAUUGUACCCGCUUUAGCUGGGAAAGGGUAGGACAUCUAAUUUCAGGCAACUUUUAGCAGAUGAAACUUCUCAGUCACAGAAUGAAUGUCUCAAGCCUUUAGAUCCCAAGAGAAACCAUCAUACAUUAAUCUCUCCUUACAGUAAUACUGCUGAGUCAUCUAUUAGAAUUGAUCACUAAACUAAGAAGCUUUGAUAUUUAAACAAUUUCUCCUCAUCUGUACCAAAUGAAAUGUUAAGAGAAGGGUGUGGAGAGUAUGGAUACUGACAUUAGGGUGUGAAGUGUUAUUUAAGCUACCUGUAUACAUAUUAUAAAAGCUUAAGUGGACAAUAAACAAUCAUUAUUUCAUUUCAUAAAGUUUUCAUAAGUUUAGAGAAAAGCAGAGUUUAAAUAGGGUCCUUUGUUCUUUGGCAAAAUUAUCCAGGCACACAUUUCACAUUGACAAAAUGGUGCACUCAUGUAGAAUGGAAAAUUUUCCUUGCCAAAAGUAGAUCAUGUUCUCAAAAUGUAAAUUGAAAAAAAAAAAGAAUUUUUGAUUCUUUUCCAACCGGUGCCUUUGACUGUUCACGUCACUUUUCACAGAUUUUGACUUUAUAAAUUAUAUACUGUUCAUGAUUUCAGAGCACCUGAUCCUGAUGCCCAGGAUGCAAAGAUUCCGGAGAAAGAUCUACCCAGGUAAGAAACUUGAGAUAACGUGUCUAAAUAUAGUCAAACAUAUACAUUUCGGGUUUUUUUAUUAUUGAGACUGACUGCUAUACACAAACACCUUCAGGGUGGCCAGAAAGUUUUAAAGUACUUUUGAUUUCUUUCCAAUAUUUGAGUUGCUAAACUCGAGGUGUGGCUCAUCUACAAGUGAAGCUUAUACAAUCAUUAUGGUGUUUAUGGUACUCUGCUGUAUUAUUAAAAUAGGUACUCCAUUCCUAAUGUAUCUUUUUGAUUAAUUAUAAAUUUUAAUUCAGGUGUGUCCAGCCCAAUUGCGGACAAUUGGCCCGUCCUCAUGUUGUGUGGUUUGGAGAAAAUCUAGACUACAAUGUAUUGAAAGCUACAAACAAUGCCUUGGAAAAGUGUGAUAUGUGUCUUUUGGUAUGGAUUUCUGAAAUAUUGAAGAUAAAUUCCCUAUUUCCAGGCUCCUCUCAGUUGCUGUUAUUAUUCUGUCCUUCCCUUUCCCCUUUCCUCUCCCCCAAAAGUCCCUUUUCCUUCUCUCCCCUACUCCCAAAGUACCUCUCCACUCCUCCACCCUCCAAAUGGAACAACAACAAUAAAACCAAUUUCCAGGUAGACCCUAAAUUUCCUGAUGACCAGAGGGACCCAAAAUUGUAUAUUUGUACACUUAAUUCUGCAUUUCCCCCCCCUUCCCUUGACCCAUUUUGACCAGUAUUAAAAUCCUAUUUUACCAGAAAGUCAUAUGUAGCCAUGUGGAUUCAAUAAUCCUAUUUUCAGGUUGGUACAUCAUCUGUGGUGUACCCAGCUGCAGGAUUUGCACCAAUGUUGGCUGCCAGAGGGGUCCCAGUUGCAGAAUUCAACAUGGAAGAGACAACAUGCACUGGAGAAUUCAGGUGCAUAAAUUUGUUCAUAUAUCUCAUGUCACUAUGCCAUUUCAGGUCAGACACAAGAAAAAUCUUACCAAAUUGCAAUGGAUGGAAAAGAACUCCUUCCACACAAAUUCCUAGAACUUUGAGUGGGCUCAUUUUUAGCUAGUUAACUUAAACCUUUUACUUCCAAGAUCUCUUUAAUAAUUCUCCUCACUGUCUGCCAUACAUUGCUUGUAAUUUUUGUUCUGAGAAUUCAGUUUUGGAUCAACUGAUAAUCCCAUAAUUUUAGUCUAUAACUUACAGUAAAUCCCAAUUGUACAAGGCUGCUGAGAAUUAUCUACUCUUGCUUUUUCUCUCAUAGAAGGCUAACACAGACGGAGACAGACUUUAAUUAGUCUCUCCAAGUGUUUGUAUACAUUUAGUGGCAGUGCUUCAUCGUUCCAUUAAUGGGGCAAUCUAUAAAGCUAUCUUCAAGCUGCCAAAGUAGUACUUAGAACUACCAUGAAUCCAAUCUGCCAGUGGUGACUCAAACCCUAUGUCUUUUUCUAGGCUUUGAAUCUGAUGCAUUGAUCACCUCUAAGGGCUUGGCUAAAAGAAGGGGUUAAAAAAGGAGGGGGGGGUGUGUUGAGGUUCACUUCACUUACUUUCUCUAUCAAUGGUAAAAUUUAAAUUUCAGAAUAAGAAAACUAACUGGGGACCCAUUCAUGAUGGUAAAACACUAGUGUAAAGAACCCACUUCUAAGAAACUCUUUUUAGAUCCCCGACUAGGACAUUACCUCCUGCCAUUGGGCUCAACAACACACAAACAAAGGAUUUUCCAUAUUGCUACACUGAAAAAAAUCAUUUCAAA